AACAAACCACCAACAGUUUCUGCUCAUAGGUUUACUUGGUGUGAGAUCCUUGGGUUGAGGGUCCGUGUUGUUGUUAUUUCACCUGAACUGUAUGUUCAGGACCCUCAGGUGACGAGAGGUGCAGCGCUGUCAACUGAUCAUCAUUGUAAGAUGGAUCAGGUGGUGGGGAAGACUGCAGUCCAGACCCAGCAGACACGUGCAUGGUGAGUGUGCACCACAGGUACACUGGAAAGGGCUAACGUGACUCUGCCCAAAAUGAUUUUAGUGAUCAUGACGACAACUCAAGGACACGCUGGAAUUGAUUGGUCCCUCCAGAACCGCUGGAGGAUUUUGCUGGAUAUGGCUGGGGACAGGGAGGUCUGGACUGUGUUCUCUCUUCUGCUGCUGUGAUCGAAGAUACUGUAGAUAGAAGCACAACAAAUUUUCAUUAAUUCAAUGGGAUACUGACACAUCAUUAGACAAGUAGUCAUAAUGAAUUUUGUUUCUUUGUUGUGGGGCUAACCAGAGACCUCUUCGUGAGAAAUGCUCAGAGGGUCUGAGCUGUUUCACCGUUCCCACCCUGAACAUCUUCACAUGGUGCUGACGUCAUGUAUAGACAUCCUCCCCACCACAUCUACUCAAGAACAUGGUCGCAUUUGCUGGUAAAUGUUUCCACAGACCCCUGAAAAUGCAACAGCACGUCUCAGUUCUCAUGUCAGGCUUGCAUUCGUGUUGCUGACUCAUGCAUGACAGUGAUCAGCCCACAUCCUUCAAACCUAACACACAAAACCCAGGGGUGAGCAUUCAGGCUCAUUUCAGUUUAUUCUUCAUCACUUCAAAGAAGAAGAGAUGCUCCACCCGAGGGACUUCAUUCUUUUUAUCUCAUGUUUCAGUCUCCAUAUUAUCCAUUCAAGUCAUGGAUCUGAGAUCAUUGGAGGGAAAGAAGUCAAGCCGCCACACUCACUGCCCUUCAUGGCUCUGCUGGAAAGCACCAAACCAUCCUGUGGGGGGGUGCUGAUUGAUCCAAGAUGGGUCCUGACUGCUGCCCACUGUAAAAGCAUUAAGAAAGUCCUGCUGGGGGUGCACUCCAUCAAAUCAACGAAAGAUCAAUCCAUACAAGUCAGAAAGGUGAAGAGUCAAAUUCCUCAUCCCUGUUACGAUGAAAAGGACAAGCUCAACGACCUCAAGCUGCUGAAGCUUGAUAAACCAGUGAAGAAAACCAAGGCUGUAACACAUCUGGAGGUCAGACAGAUCCAGGAGCCAGCGGCAGGCAGCAGGUGUCUGGUAGCUGGAUGGGGAGCAACAAAGAACAACGUCAAGCAAAUGUCAGACGUCCUGAGAUCCGUCAACGUGACUGUAAUCGACAGAGCCAAGUGCAACUCUCCUAAGUAUUACAACUUCAAUCCUGUCAUCACCAACAGCAUGAUCUGUGCCGGGUCAGACGGCACAAAUAAUGCUGAUACCUGCGUGGGGGAUUCAGGAGGACCUCUGCUGUGUAACGGCGUGCUGGUUGGAAUCACUUCGUUUGGAAAGCAGUGUGGGUUGAUCGAAAAGCCUGGGGUGUACUCGCUCCUCACGGAAAAACAGAUCAACUGGAUCAAAAAGAUAAUCAAAUCCUCUGCAAUUUAUGUUAGGGAUGCUGUCAAGCUCAAGAGGGAGUCCUAUCGAGGGGAGGGGUAUUCAGGCUCAUUUCAGUUUAUUCUUCAUCACUUCAAAGAAAAAGAGAUGCUCCACCCGAGGGACUUCAUGCUUUUUAUCUCAUGUUUCAGUCUCUAUAUUGCCCAUUCAAGUCAUGGAUUUGAGAUCAUUGGAGGGAAACAAGUCGAGCCACACUCACUGCGCUACAUGGCUCUGCUGAAUAGCACCAAACCAUCCUGUGGGGGGGUGCUGAUUGAUCCAAGAUGGGUCCUGACUACUGCCCGCUGUACUGGCACUGAGGAAGUACUGCUGGGGGUGCACUCUGUCAAAUCAAAAAAUAAUCAAUUCAAACAAGUGAGAAAGGUGAAAAGAGAAGUGCCUCAUCCUUGUUGUGGACAACAGGACGGAUUCAGUGAUCUCAUGAUGCUAAAGCUUGAUAAACCAGUAAAGAAAACCAAGGCUGUAAAACCUUACAACAAGCUCCGUCAGAUCCAGGAGCCAGCGGCAGGCAGCAGGUGUCUGGUAGCUGGAUGGGGGAAAACAAAGAAUGACGCCAAGCAAAUGUCAGACGUCCUGAGGUCCGUCAGCGUGACUGUGAUCGACAGAGCCAAGUGCAACUCUCCUAAGUAUUACAACUUCCAUCCUGUCAUCACCAACGGCAUGAUCUGUGCCGGGUCAGACGGCACAAGCCCAGCUGGUACCUGCGAGGGGGAUUCAGGAGGACCUCUGCUCUGCAACGGCAUGCUGGUUGGAAUCUCUUCAUUUGUGAAGAACUGUGGGACGAUAGAAAAGCCCGGAGUGUACUCUCUCCUCACUGAACAGCAGGUCAAAUGGAUCAAAAAGACAAUGAAGUCAUUUGAAUUAGAUUAA